AAAAAAGUUUAUAGAAAGCAACCAGUGGGACUGAAAAAAAAACGGUAGAACACACGAAUAACAAAAUGCAUUCUAAGUAAAGGAUUAUUUAUUUAAUCCGACUCGGUGAUUUUUCACCGGUUUUAUGUUGUGUAAUAUAAAAAAGAUAACACGAAAUACAAAAGUGUGACUUCCAUCAUUUUUUCUUAUCUUAAAAGCGUCGAUCACCCACAUCAAAAACUCUCUUGCGGCUUGCGGUAUGAUCAUUCGGGUUAAUCGGCCGCACGUUUUUCUAUUCAAACGCAACAUUUGGAUAAAUCCCGUUCGGCAAGUUGUGUACACAAGAACGUGUUCGUCUGACGUGGCUAGCUGAUAACAUUAGUGGAGUGUUCUUCAGAGUACAUAUAUAAAUUGUCGCACUAUAUCGCGACUAAAAACACGAACCAUAAAACCCGUGAACAUUAAAGUAAAAGAAAACGGUUAACCGGAUUAAAAAUGACGAAAUUAAACGAGGCCAGCUGGCCAAGUCGUGGGUUACUCGUGAAAAUAGCUCUGGGUCUUUUUGUUCUUGUUAUUCUUCUUGAUUUACCGGUGCUUUGUCAAACUCAUUCGCACGAACACGAAGAACCACCAAGUUUCAAAUAUUCUAAGGAAGCGAAUGUGAAACCGCAUGAUCACGAUCAUGAUCACCACAAAAAGGUCGAUUCGAAAGCCAAAUUUACUGCCGAAGAAGAACAGAACAUGAUAUUCAAAGCUAUGGGUUCAACACUCUUAAUAUCAGCUGCUCCUUUCAUUCUUCUCUUCUUUGUUCCCUUGGACAACAGCAAAAAACGUCAACCCCUUUUGAAAAUAUUGCUCAGUUUUGCAUCCGGCGGUUUACUUGGCGACGCUUUUCUGCACUUAAUUCCUCAUGCCCUAAUUUCUCAUUCUCAUGAUUCUUCUGAAUCACACUCUCACUCGCAUUCCCAUUCUCAUUCUCCGGAUUCUCAAGAAUCAGCCAUCCAUGGGCAUGAUAUGUCUGUUGGAUUGGGAGUUCUUCUUGGCAUCAUUACUUUUCUGGUCGUUGAAAAAGGUGUCAGACUUAUCAAAGGUGACCAUUGCCAUUCCCACUCUCACUCAGACGAUGACAGCGCUAAAUCUACCAAGAGUAAAAAAGACUCCGGAAAACAAAAAGGAAAAUCAGACAACGGGGCUGCUAAAGAUUCUAAGGGAGAUAUCAAAAUUGCUGGCUAUUUGAAUCUUGCUGCUGACUUUUUGCACAACUUUACUGAUGGCCUUGCCAUUGGUGCCAGUUAUCUUGCCGGUGAAACUGUAGGAUACGUUACAACCUUCACCAUUUUGCUUCAUGAAGUCCCGCAUGAAAUUGGAGAUUUUGCUAUUCUCAUACAGAGUGGAUGUAGCAAGAAAAAGGCAAUGUUGCUUCAACUGGUGACAGCUCUUGGUGCCUUGUGUGGGACUUAUGUAUCUUUAUGGGCUGGAGGAAUGAGUGAUCUUGCCACAUUGUGGAUUCUUCCGUUUACAGCAGGUGGUUUCAUUUACAUUGCGACAGUCUCCGUAAUCCCUGAGCUUCUUUCGGACACGAAGUUCUGGCAAUCUGUGAAAGAGAUAAUCGCUCUUCUUUUCGGUGUUUACAUGAUGGUACUGAUAGCUCAAUACGAAUGAGAAAAAAUUAAUUUUUUCAAACUCAGUUGAAACAUAAAAAAAACGAUUCUCGAUCAUCGAGAAAAAUUAUACCAGUUAUUUUAUCCUUUUUACAGAGAUAUUGUAUAAUUAAAAACCGAUCGUCAGUUGGUGUGAGAUGAACAAAAAAAGCUGUAGAAAGGAUUUGCCUUGAAUCAAAAAAAUGUUUGAGUAGUUAUAUUCACUCGUUUUUCUUCAAUAUCUACGAACAUUCAAGUGAAAAUUUGAAUGUUAAAUUUACUCUUCAAUUGAAUUUUUUUCAGGCUAAUUCCUCUUUUCUGCAGUUUUAUCCCUUUUUCUCAACGCAAUGUAUCAUACGUAGAAAUGUAUAGUAACAUUUGUACAAACACAUAUACAGCAAAUAAGCAUUACAAUCAUCAAAUUCGCCACUAUCAUUUUCCAUGGCGACAACAGCAAAAAUGUUAUUUUUCUCUUUUGAAAAGCAAUUGCGACAAUGUUUUUUCGACUUCAAAGUAACGAACUUAUUUUUGAUACGUUUUUCAAACGUAUUUUCGAGAUGUGUACACAAUUUUGACUUUCGAUUACUAUGCAUCCUUUUUGUAUAGCUAUUGAACCGUUUGUAAAUUUUCAUAAAGUUUUUUUUCGUUCUAUUAAAAAGAGAUGAAACUAUAUAUUUUUUCAAAUGUAAAUUGACCUCGUGACCGCCGAUUCUCGCGUAACUAUCAUUUCCCACAGGCUGUGUUCGAUCAUUGAUAUUAUUACUAUAUUACUAUCGUUGAAGGCAAACUGUUAAGAUAUAUAAAUAUUCAUCGUCGAUUCUGACUAGAGUUUUAAGUUUUUUUUUUCAUUAUGUACAUAUUCCAGCGAGAAUAACAAUAUACAUACAUAUAUAUGUAUAUAUGAAUAAAGUAAAAGAGACAUAAAGAAUCAAUAAAUAAAAAAUGAAUUUAA